AUGUUUGUAUUCAAAAAAUAUGCUAAAAUUAAAAAAGAUUUAGAAAUGGAUUUUAAUAAAAGAACAGAAAUAGAAUUAGAAAUAAGAAUGAAUAUAAUUAAACCUAUAGAUUUCAAUCCUAACAAAGAAGAAAUAUUGACUUAUUAUAAAAGCGAUCAUAUGAAAUGCUUGACUUUUAGAUCUAGAUAUAAAGGAUUGAUAGAAACUAAAGAAAUAUACGAUAAAAUAAAAUUAAAUGAUCACACUAAUUUAAAACUAAUAAGAGACAUAUAA